AUGGAAAACUACACAUUCAACAGCUUCACACUCCAGCUGGAGGGGUUAAAUAUCUCUAAGGGCUCUAUCUACCCGGUGUUCCUCUUGUUCUUAUUUUCCUACAUUUUAAUAAUGUUCAUGAAUGCUGGCAUUGCAUUUCUGGUUUUUAUUGACAAGAACCUCCACCAGCCUAUGUAUCUUCUUUUUUGCAACCUACCAGUCAAUGAUAUACUUGGAAAUUCGAUCAUGGUUCCUCGUUUGCUUUCAGAUAUGUUGCGGCCUCCCUCUGAGCUCCUCAUCAGUUAUUAUGAAUGUGUGGUUCAAGCUUUCACCACGCACAUGUUUGGUGCCACUGCUCACACAGUGCUCAUGAUCGGUCUGACCAUACGACUGAACCGAUGCAGGACUAUGAUCAUGAACCCGUUCUGUGACAAUGCCUCCUUGUUUAAGCUCUCCUGUGAGAAUGUGUUCAUUAAUAAUGUCUAUGGCCUCACUUUCACUGUAGUCUUGCUCACCUCCUCUAUAGGCAGCAUGGUUCUCACGUAUACUAAGAUUACAGUGGUCUGUCUGACCAGUAAGAACAAGUCUCUGAACAGUAAAGCCUUGAAGACCUGCAGCACUCACCUCUUUGUAUAUAUUAUUAUGUUCUUCUGUGGAAUGCUCAUCGUCAUCCUGCAUCGCUUCCCUCAACACUCAGACUACAGGAAACUGUCUGCCAUUUUGUUUCACAUUAUCCCCGGUAGCCUCAACCCCAUUAUUUAUGGGGUUCAGUCCAAAGAGAUACGAAAAUUCAUGUCAAAGCUGUUCCAGCCCAAAAAGGUUUCACAAUAA